GUGGCGCGACCGGCUGGGUGGCCCCGCGAGCUGCACCCGGAUCUGCUCCGCGGCGACGUGAGCGCGCAGGGGGGCGGCGUCCUCUCCUAGUCUCUCUCUCUACUUCUGGGUCGGGUGGGUGACACCGAGCAGGAGACAGAUGUCGGAUUUCGACAGUAACCCGUUUGCGGACCCGGAUCUCAACAACCCCUUUAAGGACCCGUCAGUUACACAGGUGACAAGAAAUGUUCCACCAGGACUUGAUGAAUACAAUCCAUUCUCGGAUUCUAGAACACCUCCACCAGGCAAUGUGAAAAUGCCUAAUGUACCCAAUACACAGCCAGCAAUAAUGAAACCAACAGAGGAACCUCCAGCUUACACACAGAUUGCAAAGGAGCAUGCCUUGGCCCAAGCUGAACUUCUUAAGAGGCAGGAAGAAUUAGAAAGAAAAGCAGCAGAAUUAGACCGUCGAGAACGGGAAAUGCAAAACCUCAGUCAACAUGGCAGAAAAAAUAAUUGGCCACCUCUUCCUGACAAUUUUCCUGUGGGACCUUGUUUCUAUCAGGAUUUUUCUGUAGACAUUCCUGUGGAAUUCCAAAAAACAGUAAAGAUUAUGUACUACUUGUGGAUGUUCCAUGCUGUUACGCUGUUUCUAAAUAUCUUCGGAUGCUUGGCUUGGUUUUGUGUUGAUCCUACAAGAGGGGUUGAUUUUGGAUUGAGUAUCCUGUGGUUCUUGCUUUUUACUCCUUGUUCAUUUGUCUGUUGGUACAGACCACUUUACGGAGCUUUCAGGAGUGACAGUUCAUUUAGAUUCUUUGUAUUCUUCUUCGUGUAUAUUUGUCAGUUUGCUGUACACGUACUCCAGGCUGCAGGAUUUCAUAAUUGGGGCAAUUGUGGUUGGAUUUCAUCCCUUACUGGUCUCAACAAAAGUAUUCCUGUUGGAAUCAUGAUGAUAAUCAUAGCAGCACUUUUCACAGCAUCAGCAGUCAUCUCAUUAGUUAUGUUUAAAAAGGUACAUGGACUUUAUCGCACAACAGGUGCUAGUUUUGAGAAGGCCCAACAAGAGUUUGCAACAGGUGUGAUGUCCAACAAAACCGUUCAGACCGCAGCUGCAAAUGCAGCUUCAACUGCAGCAACCAGUGCAGCCCAGAAUGCUUUCAAGGGUAACCAAAUUUAGAGAAUCUUCAAACAGUACACUAUUACCUUUUGACUGUACUUUUCCUCCAGUUACUGUAUUCUAUAAAUAUUUUUAUGUUCAAAACACACAGUAUACACAGCAUGUAUAUUUCCUGUUCACUUGUGCAUGGGCGAAAAUCAGAAAAACUUCCUUACCUUAUUAUUUUACCUAAUAGUUUAUUUAGUAUUUCAGUGCCCCUUAUAGAAAAAAAUAUUACAUGCUAAAUAAAUAUUCUCCAUAUUUUUUGGGGAAUGAAUGUUCAGCGAAUUCUUUCAGUGGUGACACACUGAAAUUAAUAUGGUACUUAUGAUUAAAAUGCAUUUAGUGUUAGCUGCAGUAGUUCUUUCAAGAAUUUUUAGACAUAAGGAUUACACAAUGAAGCAAUAAAGUGAUGCUUCAUUCCUAUUUCCCUAUUUAUAUUGAAGGAAAUAGGGCAGCAGAGACUUAAUGGAAUUUUAAAGUCGCUUGCUUUUUAGCAAUUUCAGUCAACCGUGAAGAGCCCAUGUGCAUUUCAUAAAAGAUAAUGUAAAUUUUAUCUUCUUUUUAUUUUCUUUUUAGAGUAGUUAGUUAUUUUGAUAUCAACCUCUGAUCUUGCAUGGACACCAAGUUUCUUAAAUGAGUUUAGUAUUUUGGGUUCUGCACUGUUUAUGGUUGUAGGAUUGGGGGGUUGUUUCUGGAAUCAUAGAAAUUAUUUUCUGUAGUUCCUUUAAAAUAACAAUUUACUGGGGUAUAAUAUGAGAAUUUAAUAUAAUAUACAGUGCAUUAUCCAAAAGCAAAGGUAGUUAAUUGAUGGAGUAGAAUUUAGUGAUAAUUCCUUUUUUUUUUUUAAUUUUCAGUAUUUAUCUCAUAGAAGGAUAUUACUUUAUGGAAACUUUGGUAUUUCUUGUGGCUUAUCUUUGAAGUUGAACUGAGAUUGUGAUUGGUAGCUCUUUAUUUUUUGGUGGAAUUUUUAACAGAGAUAUUAGUCUAGCCUAACUCCUUGUCCAAAAAGAGCUUACAGUAUUUAAGGGAUUUUUCUUUUAGCUUUUCAUCUCUAAUGGCAUUAAAAAACAAUGACCCUAGCAUUUCACAUGUACUUGAAUUACUAUUGCAUCUCAGUCUUUCAGUUUUUGAGACAGACUGAAUACAUUUAAAAUUUUCAGCAAUAAAAAAAUAAAACAUUUAUCUUGCACCAAGCAAGAAAAUACAAAUACAGUUAAAAGCAUUAAUUAUGAACAUUAAGACAUUAAAAUUGUUACUAUGCAGCACAGAAGUUAUUCUUAUAGUGUUCUUGGGUUCAAACUUUGAAUCAUUUUUAAUGCUGGUAAAAUGACUCAAAAACAUUGUAAAGUCAUGCAAUUAUGUUUUGGAAGUCUUUAACUAAUUUAAGAUUGCAGAAGGAUAGGUAGUGAUUUAUUCAAUUUGAUUUUAAAUGAGGGUAGUCUAUUAGAUUAUAUUAUUUGAGACUACAAAUCCUUUUUAAAAAACAGAUGUGCAUAAAUAGUUAAAUCAUUUUCAUUUUCUUCCCCAAUUAUAGAGUUAAAAUGAGUUUCAUGCUGGGGGAGUGAAGGUGAGGAGAGGUGUUUCUUGCUAUUUAUAAAGAAGUUCUGUAUGAUACUAGGAAAGACAGAUCCAUCCAGAUGGUGUUUACAUUUGACUUAUUUGGAUCUUUAUUGAAGUAAUAUACUUGAGAGAUAUUUCUUUUAUUCUGAAGAAAAUAGAAUUCAGAGUAUGAAUUUAAAGCUGUUUUCAUGAAUAUUUCUGAUCAGUGAUAAUCUCCACCCAAAUUCUUAAUGAACUAAAUGAAUUCCAAAUUUUUCAGAGCAUAUAAUUUUACUGUUGAGAAUCUGCUUAAUUAUGUGGUUUAUUGAGUGUAGAUUUUACUAACAUUUGAACUAUAACCAUAGUAUCACAAGAGCACAUAUAUCCACCAUUAAUUUACAUCUCAGGUCCAUUUUUGUUUUUCUUUAAACUACAAAUAAAAGAUAUGUCAUAGAGACUUUUGAGAAAACACUGAGAUGCCCUGAGCAUUUUCCUUCAGAAUAGCAAUGUUUCUCUCUCUUGUUCAAAAAUCCCCAAAGGUAAUAUUGUUAGAUAAUUAAAGAAUAGUUACAACCAACAAUAUCUUUUUGUAUGGAUGGGGGGAAAUGAUGUUUUAAAAUCAGUUACUUGGCUUAAUUUAAUACAAGUUUGUGAGAGAAAAUUAUUUUUUGAAAACAUAGAUUGCAUUAAAAUAAUGGCAAUACCUAGUUUGAUCAGGUAUGAAAUGGGCUUUAAAUUGUUCCUCCUCACUGUUCUCUUAACAGUAAUCAGUAAAUAGUCACAUUUUCAGUCAUCAAAAGAUUAGCAUUUGUUAGUGUUUUUAUACUUACUAGUAAAAUUAGCUGGUUUCCCAGACAUGAAAUGGUCUUCACGUAAUAGGCCACCAUGUCAUUUUUCAGUUUGAAAUAUUAAAUUGUGGCUGUUUUAUUUCAAAGUAGAGUUUGAACACUGGAAAAUCAUUGCUCAGUGAUUUGUCAUUUGGGACUUGGAUUAUUUAUCUAGGGAUGUUUGUAUAUUUUGUCAGAGUAGUAUUGCGCUGCCUUCAUGGUAACUGUCACGGUUCUAUAUAAAUGCCCUCCAUCUGUCCCUCUAUGUUGCAUGUUUUCAAUGGUUUGGAAGUUUUGUAUAUUUAUUGUAUUAACACAGUGUCACAAAAUAAAAUGCUGUUUACUGGAUGUUUGUAUAAUUUUAAACACUAUAUUAACACUUCAGAGGCAGAAAUUAUGCAGAGGGUUUAAUGUACAUAGAAAUUCUGUAUUUGAUUUGUUAAAAUAAUCUGUUUAUAAUUCUAUCAUGUACUAAAACAAAUGAAUAAUCUAAAAGAUUAGUGAAAAACUCUUAGCAACAGAAAAUGACAAUUUUAUCUAUUGCAUUAGACCUUUAUAGGCAGUAGAAUAUGAGCUUCACUGAGCACCACUUUAAGGUCAAAACACACUGACUUCUUAUCUGGAAGUUAGAUUCAAAGUGGAAAAUCUGUUUUGUGGCUCAGAUUUUUCCUUAUAGGUUACAAUGGAUGCCUCUAUAUUAGUAUUGUAUUGAUUCUGUUGGAUUUAUGUUCUCUUUCCCACCCUCAUUACCUAUUCCUGUUUUAUGUAUUGGUGAAAAUACCUAUGUGUGUAUUGUUGAAUUUUUCACUUGGUUAUCCAGAGAGUAUGUAAAAAUAUAAUCUAUAAUAAUGUUCAUGGUGAAAUACAUGUUAAAUUAAAACAGGAAAAGCAUUUUAGAUUUUCUAGGUGUUAUCUUAAAAAACUGAGUUUGUAUUGUCACAUUUAAUUUACUAGGAAAAUAUCUUAUUCUGUAUAUGAGAUAUAAUUAUUGAUUUGCAUUUUUGAGUGAAUUUAUGUUAAUUAGUGUUAUUUAGUGAAUUUACGUUUAUUAUUUCUGUAAAUCAUUUGCAAUAGUAUAAUGCUUUUAUAGUCAUUCCUAUAUCUUUUUCUGGAAGCAAUGACAUUAACAUCUAAUUUUACAUCUUAAUUGGUAAAAUCUGUAUUUAGCAUGACUUACUUACGUACGGAAUAUGUUAUUUUGGACUUUUUUUCUGCUAAACGUGGGUAAGAAUUACUGUUAUCAUACACCAUUUCACAGUUCUCAUUUCUUUCUUUUUCAUUAAGGUAAAUGUUUAGAGGAAUUUGUUAAUUCCCUGUGAUUAAGGACCUUUAGAGGUAAAAUAAAUGUGGUUAAUUUUAAAAUAA